AUGUGCCCGUCCUCGGAGUCUGACCAGAAGACCGCUCCGUCUGCCUCUUCUUCUACAACGUCGUUGUUUUGGUUCGCCGGCUGGGAUCCUAGAAGACCCACAGGGAAGAAAUCUUACUGCAAAUCUUCAUCGGAACUUAAAAUACACCAGCGAGUACACACAGGAGAGAAAGCUCACCACUGUUUUGAUUGUGGGAAGAGUUACUCAAGAUCAGAUGCACUUAAAGUACACCUGAGAAUUCACACGGGAGAGAAACCUUUUGGCUGUGAUCAAUGUGGGAAGAGUUUCACUCAACCAAACAGCCUGAUAGUACACCAGCGCACACACACAGGAGAGAAACCUUAUGGCUGUGAUCAAUGUGGGAAGAAAUUUACUGUGUCAAACUCCUUGAUAGUGCACCAGAGAAUACACACAGGAGAGAAAUCUUAUAGCUGUAGCCAAUGUGGGAAAAGUUUUUCUCAACCAAACAGCCUGAAAGUGCACCAUAGAACACACACAGGAGAGAAACCUUAUGGCUGUGAUCAAUGUGGGAAGAAAUUUACUAUGUCAAACUCCUUGAUCGUGCACCAGAGAAUACACACAGGAGAGAAAUCUUAUAGCUGUAGUCAAUGUGGGAAGAGUUUUACUCAACCAGACAGCCUGAUAGUACACCAGUGGACACACACAGGAGAGAAAUCUUAUGGCUGUGAUAAAUGUGGGAGGAAGUUUACUGUGUCAAGCUCCUUGAUAGUGCACCAGAGAAUACACACAGGAGAGAAACCUUUUAGCUGUUAUCAAUGUGGGAAGAGUUGUACUACAUCUAGCCAUCUAAUUGUACACCAGAGAACACACACAGGAGAGAAACCUUAUAGCUGUGAUCAAUGUGGGAAGAGUUUUGGUACAUCUGGCUGUCUGAAGACACACCAUCGAACACACACAGGAGAGAAAACUUAUAGCUGUAGUAAAUGUGGGAAGAGUUUUACUCACUUCAGCAGCCUGAUAGUACACCAGCGGACACACACAGGAGAGAAAUCUUUUAGCUGUAAUCAAUGUGGGAAGAGUUUUAGUACAUCUGGCUAUCUGACUAUACACCAGAGAACACAAACAGGUGGACAAACUUUGUAGCUAUGAUCAAUGUGACAAGAGAUUCUCCUAUAAAAGACA